AUGAUUAAUCUACGUAGAUUCAUUUCAACAACUCAGCUAUUACGAACAACAAAAUUUAAUUCAUGGGUACCCCAUAAAUGUAGUAUAUCAUCCACAGCGGUCAAUCAAUCUUUAUAUAACUUUUCUGAGGAAGAAAAAUUAAUUAAAGAAACAGUUGCUCGUUUUGGCAAAGAGCAUGUUGAACCGUACGUUCGUCAAAUGGAAGAAGCAGGUGGAUAUAAACCUGAAUUGAUACAGGCAAUUUUUGAUCAAGGCUGGUUUGGCAUUGAAAUUCCUACGGAAUACGGAGGCAGUGGUGCAAAUCUUUUUUCAUGCAUAUUGGCGAUUGAGGAAGCUUCAAAAAUAGACAGUGCUUUUGGAGGUUUCAUCGAUUUGCAAAAUACUGUUCUCAAUCCCUUUUUCAUUCAACUUGCUAAUGAUGCCCAAAAAGCCACUUAUCUACCUCGAUUAGCAAAAAAUAUGCUGAUGUCUGUUGAUGUUCCAUUGGAAUAUGGUGGUUCAGGCCAAACAUUUUUUUCCUCAAUUCUUGUCAUCGAAGAGAUGUCAAGAAUUGAUGCAAGCGUAGGACUAUUGCUUGAUCUUCAAAAUACUUUACUGAAUCGACUCGUUCUCAGUUGUGGUACGGAAGAACAAAAGCGUGAUUAUUUACCACGAAUGGCUAAAAAUCUCGUUGCCAGUUUUUGUUUAUCCGAACCAACAUCGGGUAGUGAUGCAUUUGCUUUAAAAACUACAGCGACAAAAAAAGGAGAUUACUAUGUAUUGAAUGGCACAAAGAUGUGGAUAUCUAAUGCAGAAAUUAGUGGGGUAUAUUUAGUUAUGGCAAAUACAAAUCCACAAGCUAAACAUAAAGGUAUUUCAACAUUUAUUGUUGAUCGCGAAACAGAAGGUUUACGUAUUGGAAAACGAGAAAACAAACUUGGAUUGAAAGCAUCGUCAACAUGCAUGAUUCAUUUCGAUGAUUGUAAAGUUCCAGCUAAAAAUCUUCUUGGUAAAGAAGGCGAAGGUUAUAAAUAUGCUAUAUCAAUGCUUAAUGAAGGCCGCAUUGGUAUCGGUGCUCAAAUGGUUGGUAUUUGUCAAGGUGCAUUCGAUAAAACAAUACCAUAUACCAAAGAACGUAAACAAUUUGGACAACGUAUAUUUGAUUUUCAAGGUAUGCAACAUCAAAUAGCUUCACUAGCUACAGAAAUUGAAGCAGCUCGACUCUUAACAUAUAAUGCGGCUCGUUUACGUGAUGCUAAAUUACCAUUUGUGAAACAGGCGGCCAUGGCUAAACUUUAUUCUUCAGAGUUAGCCGGCAAAGUUACCAGUAAAUGCAUUGAUUUUAUGGGUGGUCUUGGAUUUUCAUGUGAAUACCCACAAGAAAAGUUUUUCCGUGACUGCAAAGUUGGAACUAUUUAUGAAGGAACAAGUAACAUGCAAUUAAAUACUAUUGCCAAGUUUAUUGACAGUGAAUACUAA